AUGGGUGGAGCAGCUGGAGUGAUUUAUGACUCCACCACUUGUCUUCUCCGCCUGCUGCUAUUGGCUGAGCUGUUUGUCCAUUCGUCAACUCGUCCCGCCCACAGUUCCUCCCUCUGUGGUUUGUUUGGAUCAAUGAUCCCUCAGGUGGAUAUGCUGAUGAGCAAUGCCAAAAAACUCCAUGAGCUGUCGAACGACGAACUCUCAAACUUAGCUUCUAUGGAGAGCAGACUUCAUGGUCUUCCUAACCUGCAGCACACGGCAGCACAUUUCAACUCACUCAAGGUGAAUGAGUCCCUGUCUCAGCUCCAUGUGUUCACUCAGUCCAUUAAGCUGCAUAUAGACUGGUUGAAAACAGCAAAAGACAACUUCAGUUUACCCUCCCAGUCAGCUGAGGGCGCCAACACUCACCUCCUGCAACUGUCCAACCUCAUCAACACAUCUCUCAAACAGAUUGGAGAAGAGGUUCCUCAGUCACCAGCUCUCUCCCUCCCUGUGGCCUCCACAGCCUUCGACGUGCUCCGGUUCUCCGUCGAGCUCUCUGAACAGUUACAGAUUUUCUCCAAGUGGUCGAAAAGAGUGUUACGACAUCUCCAGAGACAAUCCCACUGCCCCAGACAUUAAGAGGUCGCCUUCAACAGAGCAAGUCUUUCUACAAAACCACUGUCAGAUGGUUUUUUUCGUGCUGCGUGGCGCAAGGGAUGAUAAUAUUACUUUGUCAGUAUGUCAGUCCACCACUUAUCUCAACAGCUGUUGGGUGGAUUGCCAUGAAAUUUGGUACAGAUAUUUAUUCCACCCUUAACGAUGAAUUCCAAUCGUUUUGAUCCUCUGACUUUUCUUGUAGCGCCACCAUCA